AUGCUCAGACGCCCCCCGACCGCCAUCUUUCUAAGCCCCGAUGAGCUCCAGGCAGACCUCCACCGCAUCCAUCUGACUUUAUACUUCACCCGCCUGCGCCUGGACGAUUCCAGCCAACGCUACGAAGACGAGGAUGAAGAGCACGAAGAAGACAGCACGCUGAUCGACCCAUCCAAUCCGUCCUCCAUCGACUCGUGCGCAUCUGCAGCGAGUACUAUAUCCGAUGCGGAAACGGAUAUUCAUGGAGGCGUGGAACACACCGCAAAUUGGAUGGGGCAUGCAGUCAACCUCGACAUCAACAGAGUCCAGAAGACCCUUUCCUGGAAGGAUGUUGGCGAUGCCCCUACUCUGACCCUGAAUGAGACUCAAGUCAACAUCAACACCAACAAGGCUUCCAGAUCCAUGGUUAGAGCGUCUCGAUCGGUUGAUUCGCUCCGUCGAGAGAUCACUUCCACAACACCGUCCUCGCAGACCACACUAGGUGCUCACAAUGGCAAUCCCGCCGUGGCAACAGGUCCGCCUCUUGCCGAUGUGCCACCCACUACUGUCUCUGGCGAGUUUUCCAUGAUCGACACAGGACAGAGAACCAGAGAUCGCAACACGCGCAAACCCAACCCCAACCCCCGCCACAGACAAUCCGCAGGAUGUGUUACGACGUCAGAGACCCAGUCGCUGGCAUCCGGGACCUCGCCGAGUCGGCCAGUCGAGCACACUAAAGUCCCACUCCGGGCCUUAGGCUAA